GGAUCGAUCCGAGGCUCUCAACGGCAUAAUCGCACUGCAAAGUCUUGUUAAAUGCUACUGAGCCCUGAACGCCGUGUCUAAAACCUGCAACGGGUUCCUGUAUCGUGCACUUGUACUACCUUCACGCUGGCGCAUCAUAACAGAAGGACACAUAACGUAUCAAAAGAAUCAUUUCGCGACCGAUGGGCGGGCACUCACUGGCAGAUAGUUGCCAAGCACGCUCGACUUGGAUCGAAAAAGCCCCCCCUGCUUCCACUUUCCAGAUCCAAUCUCUACGGAUACGGGGCAACUGUCCUACCGGAGGGGAUGCAAAGUAUAACUCUAUAAGUAAUAUUGUCAAUGUCGAAUCGAAGUUGAACACAACUCUCUCACAACUUUCAACCUCGCGAAUCACAUAGUAUGGCUCCAGGAGUCAAAACGGUCAACUUCGUGUCCAACAACCUCGGCAUAAACGCUAACCUUCUUCUCGUUUUCGACGACGACUCUAAGGCUGGCUUGUACAAGGAUUAUUACCCAUCGGCUUUCGCGGUCAGGAAAUUUGGGGCUAAAAACAUCUACCGCUCCCCAAUUAUAUAUCGAACACAACUUGCGUUCACAAAAGUUGUUAUUUCCGACGACAUCAUCCAAAGCGCUUCGACCGAGGUUCCUAUCAAUGUUGGGCAAUCUACCAUUUUAUCCUUGGAAGAUGAAAUAUACAGUUUCUCCGAUCCAAAAACCGACGGCUUGGUACCGAGGAACAACAUUCGAUGUACGAAUAAUGUACCGUUCAAGGAGGAUAUAGGCGUUGGGUUCAUCGAGGAAGAGGGAGACGUACCCAGGACGGCUCUAGUGUGGCGCGGCGUAGCGCACGGGCGAAAGUUGGACGCGGAAUUUAUUCCGCGCCUAAGAGGUUAUAUUGAUAUAAACCCCUACAAGGAGAAUGGCGUAAUCAAGGCCCCAAUUGGGACUGACCGCCUUUUCAACCAAGACCUCAAUACUCUCCACAAGGAAUCCACGUGGGUCAUCACAUAUGAUGCGUCCAACGGGGUCUUUUUUAAAUGUUGGCUGCCGUCGAUUACUGACAUGUAUAGUAUUUGUGCUGUUUCGAUGUCGUUUUCUUCUUGUAAACCAAUCCCGUUUGUUGUGCAACUCGUGUUUUAAAAUGUGCUACUUAGCAAGUGGAUCUUGUAAUCGGGGGGUCAAUCACUCACAGGAAUACACUGCUGGCCUUUUGGUUGUCCUGCAUGUAAAGUGCUAGAAUCCCGGCGUGUACAUCGAAAGCUUGAUCGGAUGCCCAUCGCCCCUUAAGGCUGUCCGCGAGUGUACUCAUGGGUGGAUGGAAUCCUUACACAUUCGAAAGCCUGCUCGGGCCAGAACGUGAAGGCGCAGGCCAGCAGUCAGCAAUAGUGGGAAUUCUGUAGUAGAAUGUGGGCGCGCGGGGGUAGCGGUCAUAGAAUCGAGAAUCAACCUUUUAUGAGCAGAGCAUGAAGUAGUACAACGCAAGGUGGGAAACCAAACGGCGGGCAGGAGUAAAAGGCGGGAAGUAAGACUGCGGGAUAUGGCAAUCCGGGGAUAUCAUGAUGAGCGGGAUGACAAA